AUGAACUCGCCGUUCCCCAAGUCUUCAUCUGCCGCUGGCGAGGGCAAGAUUGUUGUCAAGCGGCUUCCAAACGGUUUGCCAGGCUUGGAGACCAUCACAUACCAAUACCCACUCAAACUCAUAUCGCCACCACGGCCAUAUGAGCACCAGAGCAUCCUUGUGUUCCUUCUCUCCUACGGCGGCGGUCUGGUUGGCGGCGACUGCGUCAACCUCGCAAUCGAUGUACAGGAAGGCUCUCGGCUCAGCAUCGUGACACAGGGCCACACCAAGAUCUUCAAGUCUGUGACGCCCGAUAUCGUCACGAGACAGAAGCUGCAUGUGCAGAUCGGAAACGAUGCAGCUCUGUGUCUCCUACCAGAUCCCGUCCAGCCAUUUGAGGGCAGUGUAUAUGAGCAAACGCAGAUCUUUCACCUUAAAGCGGAUGCAUCAUUGUGUCUCUUGGACUGGGUCACUCAGGGCCGGACAGCCCGUGGAGAGAACUGGAGUCUUGUGCGAUGGGUUGGAAGAAAUGAAGUCUGGGCUUCCGCCAAGGAUCUAGGGGCUAAGGAGAGACUGCUUGUGAGAGAUGCGGUUAUCCUCGAUGGAGAUCAGGCACACUCACAUACGAAAUCGCUUCGGGAAACGAUGCAUGGACAUGGCAUCUUUGGAACUUUGGUACUUCGAGGACCGUUAAUGAAGGCCCUCGGCGACUUUUUCCUAGCCGAGUUCGCGGCUUUGCCUCGCAUAGGCGCUCGUGACUUUAGGACUGCCGAAGAUAGGGAAACAGAGGAUCAGGGCAAGGAUGACCACCAGAUAUGGCGCUCCAACAGGCUCAAAAUGGAGAAGACAGAGAAGAUACUGUGGUCUGCUGCUAAUGUCAGGGGCUGCGUCGUGGUUAAGUUUGGGUCAGCGACUGUCGAGGCUGGAAGGUUGUGGAUCGGUUCGAUGCUAUCAAGGGAAGGUAGCAUCGUGAAGCAGUUCGGAGAUCAAGCAUUGAUGUGUGUCCGCUGA